CCUCGGCUUCACCCCCUCGGCUUCAUCCCCGGCAAAGGUGUUCAGGUCAGGCCAUUGGACCCCCUCAUCCCUCAUCCCACAUCCAUCCAGUCUUCCGCAGCUCUCGACUGGAAGACACCACCAUCACACAUCUCCCCUCCACGUACAUCUCGCAUCGUACCACAUCUCGCAUCGAUCCGUCUAUCCACAUCGCCAUCGCCAUCCCACGUCUUUCCGCCGCGUCCCCUACUCGACUCGUGUCGUUCGCUCAGCCUUCGGACAUCAUUCCCGCCCAUUCGAGACGAGCGAACCUCAUUCUGCCCACAUCCAACGCCAGUUGGAUCCAGCUCCCUGGAGAAGAACAACAUGGACACAACCGCUUUGAGCAGCGAAGAUCUCAAAGCCCUGGACUCGGUCCGGACCCAGCUCUACAAUCUCACUCGAAGCAUUCAGACUCUGAAUAGAGGCAUUAGGAGUACACAUCCCCUCCCGCCAUGGUAUGUCAACAGCCUUAUGACCCGACCCUAUGAUCGACACAAAUCAGGCUGCUUCUGCCGAUGCACGAUACCAUCACAUUUUCGUUGCCCGCUGCUAACUGUACGUCCUGAUCAAUAGGCCCUCGAUUCAUACUUCCACCCAAAUGUUGGUGCAAGCAACGCAUGAUCUCAUUACCAACCUAUCCAACCACGCCGAAAUUUUCAACAAGGUCGUGGUCUAUCCCUCCACCAACUAUCCUGGACGCACACAAGAGGAUAUUCUCGGUCAGCUCUUACGGAAGAAGUUGGAGCCGCCCGUGGAGAAACUGGUCGAGGAAGGUCUUUCAAUGGGAGCCAAUAAGUAUCAUGACGAGGGGGUGUGUGAACGGUCUCGCACAUGGUUACUGGAGAGAAUCGGGGAGUACAUUCAAACAGAGAUGGAGGACAACUUUACCGCGGAUGAGAGAGCGAGGGGUUUGGAUACCGUCAACACAGGGCUGAGGAGGAAAUUAGAUCCUAGACGUCCCUCGGAUGACGACGAUGAUGACGAGGACGAAGAAAGUGACGAUGAGGAUGACGAGAAAAUGGAGCAUGUACAAGUGCAGUUGAGUGUCACAUCUGUAAAUGUCACUACAGAUGGGCCAGUCGAAUUCGGCAUGGGACAGGUUGCGACGAACCCGACGGGCACCGUACGAACCGAAGAGGACAUUUUGCGCUUCGCAACGAGCGGAGCCACGGUUCGCCCAGCAGGACCUCCAAUUCGGAAGUGAUGAUCGAAACAAGUCGCGAUCCAACAUGGCACGCCAUGCACGAUUUCUAAAUACACUGCAUUCCGAGGCAUAUUUUUCAUGGGUGGUGAUGCGCCAAACGUCCCUUUCGGGAUACCCAAAGCCGUGGUGUAUGUUCCUUGUUUACGCCCACGUCCCUUGCAGCACAUCGUUCCCAGAAAACUUUCAACUGCAUGGUCCCAUCCCGUCCGUACGCCAUGAGACCCCCGGUCUUUUGAAUCCAACAUCUCACCUACAUGGGUUCUAUCACAAUCAAGGGAGUCUACAUACAGGCGAUAAAACUUAGGUACACUUGAGGCACGGCACGACCCAGUUCUUUUUCCUCUGGUGGCUGGCAAUGGACUUUCACAUGGGAUUAGUUCGGGAUACUUGGUAGGUCCCAUUCGUCUGAGAAAAAAUGAAAAUUCUCCGUCGGCUGGACCCGUCGAAGAAAUCUUGAUUUGACAACAGUUUAGUAAUGUCUCGGAAUCCACAAGGCUGGUAGUAGCACGAAUCACGUGUUUUUCCUUACAUAAAAUUGCAGUUGGUGGGAGAAUCAUCAUUCCAAGAAAAGGAGCUCGGAAGGAGGGUUGGAUAGACAAAGAAUCCUGCUUCGCCUUGUGUUAUUUUCAUGGUUGUCGCGGUUCCCACGGCCUUUUGCGGUUAUUCGGUGAUAUCUGUCAGCAGUGUGGCUUUCCUGUAGAGAUGUCGACCACUGGGAAACUUCCCGGGUGUGCAUCUGCAGUGACAUGCUCUGAGCACGAGGGUACUUCCCCGAAUGUGCCCAGAGGUAAGCCUAUAAAGUGAGGUAAUACGAGG